AACACUGGAUAUUAUGAUCCGUAUGAUAAUGAUAAUAGUAGAUUUCUUGACCAGAGAGGAAAUACUAAUGUUGAUAACUCUUACAAUAAUAAGAAUGGAUAUGACAACCAAUUAGAAUAUGUUCAAAAUGACCAUCAACCGCAACAUAUUAAUUAUGAUGAUGGUGGUGGGGUAUAUCAUGAUCCUAGGAAUGGACUUAAUAAUAAUGAUCCGUAUUAUCCCACUAAUAAAUCUCCAGAUCCUGUCGGUAGUGCAUAUGAUGAUUCAGGGUAUUCUAUUCCUUAUAACAUGCCAUUACGAUCUAACUCUCAAAAUCAAAAUUACGUCAAUCCUUAUACCGUCUCUUCUCAUGAACCAAAACCCUUUCAAUAUAGUUAUAACAGUCCUACACAUUAUCCUCCUUCCCCAGUAAACUAUCCAACUUCCCCACCUGUGCAAAUUCAACAUCCACAAGUUCCAUAUCGUGGUCAUACAGAUCCUUAUAGCGAAGGUACAACACCUAAAGAAAUGUUGCCAUCUGAUUAUUCUUCUAUGCCCUCAUCAACCCCUGGUCCCAAACCUCCAUCCAAUUAUGGUCAUGAGAAACCUUUUAGCCCGACUAGCGCGCUUUCUAGUAAACCUUUCAUCCCUGAAGAAGAAAAAAACGCAAAACCUGGUGGAAUUAUGAAAUUUUGUUGUUGUCGCACUACAUGUGGCAAAACUUGUGCGAUUAUAUGUUGCAUUCUACUUUUCCUAAUCAUUGGAAUUAUAGCUGCUGUUUUAUUAUGGGCACGUCCUCCAAAAGUUGAAUUCUUGGGCAUUGUUCCUUCACCUAAAGGUUUACCUCCUUAUGAAGCUAAGACUUCAGGAUUUGAUUUUAACUUUGGUUUAAAAAUUCAAGUUGAUAAUCCGAAUAUAGUUGGUGCAAAUUUCGAAAUGAUCCAAGCUACUGCAUUUUAUCCUGAGCAUUCUGAACCAAUUGGAGGCGGAAAUUUGACCAAUGUAGAAAUCUCAGCUAAAGGAAAAACUACCAUCGAAUUUCCAUUCUCUGUCAAUUAUGAUAAAGAUAUUGAUCCAGGAUUUGUUAUUCUUUUUGACAUUGCUCGAAAAUGUGGAUUAACUGGAGGAGCGAAAGAAAAAUUGGAAAUUGAUUAUAAAUUAACACUUACUAUCAAAGUUCUUUUAGUUACCAUAAAUCCAAGUUUUGAUAGGAAAGCUAUGAUUGAUUGUCCAAUUAAGGACGGACAAAUACCAAAUAUACCAGGAUUCGAUAUAGGUAAAGCUGCAAAAGAAUUUAAUAGUAAAAAGAGUAAGAGACAUUUAUCACCAAAACGACCUGAUUAUUAA